AUGGGUUUCAGUACAAUCUCCUGCCAGCUGUUGCUAGCUGCCGCCUCUGUUUCCGCAAAAUGGAUUGUUCCUGGUGCACGGUGGAGGGCAACCGAUGGUACUUUGGUCAACGCUCACGCUGGCGGUGUGACCGUCGACAAGGAAACCGGCAAGUUCUUCUUGUUCGGAGAGUACAAGGUUCAGGGUCAAGUUGAGGGUGGAGGUGUCAGCGUAUACAGCUCAGACGACCUAGCAACAUGGACACCAGAAGGCAUGGCUUUAUCACCGAUUGAGGGUCACCCUUACAUCUCGACCGAGCACAUUAUUCAACGACCCAAGGUCACCUUCUCGGAGCAGACCCAGAAGUACCACAUGUUCUGGCACGCGGACAACUCCACUUACGGUUGGCUUCUUCAAGGCUUCGCUCAAGCCGACAACAUCACCGGGCCGUACUCGUUUGUUGACGCUACCCUUCCGCUCGGCAAUUGGUCGCAGGAUUACGGUCUCUUCGUUGACCGCAAGGACGGCCGGGCAUAUGCUUUGUACUCCAACGGUGACCGCCGCGAGGGACGCGAUGUAUAUCUGACCUCCUACAACGACAACAUCACUGCUCUUGAUAAGGUGAUUCACCGAUGGGACAAAUACGAUCUUGAGGCUCCUACUAUCAUUCAGACAGACAAGAGUUAUUUCGCACUGAUGAGCCACAAGACCGGUUACAGGCCCAACAAUGUUGUUGCAUUCCGUGCUGAUAAGCUCGAGGGACCUUGGUCUCAGCCGUUCAUCGUUUCCCCUCUCAACACUCGAACCUUCAACUCACAGUCUGGUUUCUCUCUCCGCAUCGACGGCACAAAGAAGACAACAUACCUCUAUCUUGGCGACCAAUGGGACUCGAUCAGUUUGUGGGAGUCCCGCUACAUCUGGCUUCCAGUUGAGAUCGAUGAGGAUAAGAAGUCGCUCGAGGUCAAGUGGCAUGAUGUCUACGAUUUGAACGUCAAGUCUGGUGAGGUCAAGCCUAUCAAGGGCAAGACCUAUUACGGCAAAGAUGCUACAGUGACCGGUGGCGCUUUCAAGCAGGAGGCUACUUUUGGCAGCCACGAGAUCAUUCUUACCGGCAUCGUCGGUAACGACAGCAAGGUCACCUUCUCCGGCAUUGAAGGCCAAGGAAAGCCGCAAUGGGUCUCUUUCUAUUAUCAAAACACCGACGACAUGGGUUUCGGCGACCAGCCCGGUGGCACCCCAGAUCGCAUUGGCGGUACGUGGCAACUCCGCCGCAUCGCGAGUGUUAUUGUCAACGGCAAGACCGAACAGAUCGAGAGCUUGUACCAGAGGGAUACCCACAAGGGCAUCAUUCUGAGCACACCUCUGCAGUUGUUCCUGGACAAGGGCAAGAACAACACUAUCGAGAUUGGUGGUCUAUUCAACAACCAGACUUACAAGGGUGCUGACAUUGAUCGCAUCGUUGUGUAUCCGCCAGAGAAAUUAGAAUAG